CAUGUCGUCCGUGAAGGUGGCCGUCCGGGUCCGGCCCUUCAAUGCCCGCGAGGUCAGCCGUGAAUGCGACGGCAUCAUCGAGAUGGAUGGAAACACCACAAUUAUCACCAAUCCGAAACAAAUCAACGACAACAUCAAGAGCUUCAACUUCGACUAUUCAUAUUGGUCAAUUGAGCCAUCGGCGCCCCAGUUUGCCUCCCAAGAGCGGGUGUACCAGGACAUCGGCGUUGAGAUGCUGGAUCACGCGUUUCAAGGUUACAACGUGUGCAUAUUCGCCUACGGCCAGACGGGGGCCGGGAAGUCGUACACGAUGAUGGGCAAGGCGGAGCACGACCAGGAGGGCAUCAUCCCCAGGAUCUGCCGCAACCUCUUCCAACGGGUGUCCAACAGCAAUGACAUAGACGCCCAGAUAUCGGUGGAGGUCAGCUACAUGGAGAUCUACUGCGAGCGCGUCCGGGACCUGCUAAACCCGAAGAACAAGAGUCACCUGCGCGUGCGAGAGCACCCGCUGCUGGGACCUUAUGUUGAGGACCUUUCCAAGAUGGCCGUCACAUCUUACGAAGACAUCCGCGACCUCAUGGACCAGGGCAACAAGGCGAGAACGGUGGCUGCCACGAACAUGAACGAAACGUCCAGCCGCUCGCAUGCCGUCUUCACCAUCAUAUUUGCCCAGAAGACGUGCGACCCCGUCUCGGGAGUGGAGACAGAGAAGGUCAGCAAAAUAUCACUGGUGGAUCUGGCGGGCUCAGAAAGAGCUGACUCUACGGGCGCAAAGGGCACCAGGCUGAAAGAAGGAGCCAACAUCAACAAGUCGCUGACCACUCUGGGGAAAGUCAUCUCAGCGCUGGCGGAAGUGUCCUCGGCGCCGGCGUCCAAAAAGAAGAAAAAGGCCGAGUUUAUUCCGUACCGGGACUCGGUGCUGACCUGGCUUCUACGUGAGAACCUGGGCGGCAACAGCAAGACGGCCAUGGUGGCUGCUCUGUCGCCGGCCGACAUCAACUAUGACGAGACGCUCUCCACCCUGCGAUACGCGGACCGAGCCAAGCAGAUCAUGUGCAAGGCGGUGGUGAACGAGGACGCUAACGCCAAGAUGAUACGCGAGCUGCGGGAAGAGAUCAGUCGACUGCGUGAUCUGCUCAAGGCCGAGGGCGUCCAGGUCGAGGAGGACGGCAGUGUCAUUUACUCGAACGAUAGACAUAAGGCCCAGGAGCUACGGAACAACGCCAUGAACCAAAGCUGCACGGAGGAGACGGUGAACGCCAACCCGGCCGAGCCGCCGUCCGCCAAGGCUGCCGUCCAUCAGCUGCAGGUCAACGAGAAAAUUAUGGCAGAGCUGAAUGAGACCUGGGAGGAGAAGCUGAGAAAAACAGACGACAUUCGCCGGCAUAGAGAGACCGUGUUCGCCGAGAUGGGCAUCGCCCUCAAGGAGGACGGUGCUACUGUGGGCAUUUUCUCUCCAAAAAAGACGCCGCACCUGGUGAACCUGAACGAGGACCCGUCCAUGUCCGAGUGUCUCAUCUACUACAUCAAGGAGGGCAUCACGCGCGUCGGCUCCGCAGAAGCCAACAUACCGCAGGACAUCCAGCUGAUCGGCCUGCACAUCUACAACGAGCACUGCAUCUUUGAGAACAGGGAGGGCGUGGUGAUGCUAUUCCCGAACGAGGGCGCGCUGUGUUACGUGAAUGGCCGCAGCGUCUGCCAGCCGCUGGUCCUCACCACCGGUAGCCGGGUCAUCCUGGGCAAGAACCACGUGUUCCGCUUCACACACCCCGAGCAAGCAUGGGAGAAGCGAGGCCGGGCAUUGGACGAGUCAGCACCGUCUGCGGAGUCCCUGGACUGGCAAUUUGCUCAGGUGGAACUGCUCGAAAAGCAAGGCAUCGACCUGAAGAAAGAGAUGGAGAAACGCUUGGAGAACAUGGAGGAACAGUUUAGAAAGGAAAAGGAGGAAAGGAAGAAAGAAUAUGAAAAGGAGCGACAGAAUUACGAGGCCCGGAUAGACGCCCUCCAAAAGCAAGUUGAGGAGCAGAGCAUGACCAUGUCCAUGUACUCUUCCUACACAAACACCGAGGAGCUCAAUACGGAAGACGACAUAUACGUAAACCCGCUGUUCGAGGGGGAGGUGCCGUGGACAGAGCGCGACUACCAGCUGGCGGCCACCUGUUUCCAGAAGUGGCGCUUCCAUCAGUUCACCUCACUCCGCGACGACCUCUGGGGCAACGCCGUUUUCCUCAAGGAGGCUAACGCCAUCAGCGUCGAGCUUAAGAAGAAG